UUCAACAAUAACGACGAAGUGAAAAAAGUAUUUAAAAAUCUCGAAAAAAUGUCUCAAUUCAAAAGUUCAGAAGUUAAAGUAGUUGCAGCUGAAAAUCAACUACGAUCAACUCUUGGACAUCAAUCAGAACUAGCUACUGAAGGUGACAAACAACCGAACGAGUUGAAAAAGGAUCACGACGGUUUUGUUAUGCCAGUAGUGGUUGGAGCAAAAUGUAUGGAACCAAUCAACGAUGAAGCAAGGAAGUUAGAGAACGCAACUAAUACUGUUCCUUCAUAUAAGAUGGAUGCAACUCUACGAUCAAUAUUGGAAACGGCAGAAGAAGUAAUCCUGAAUCCGGCAAAACGACGAAGACUUGAUGAUAACGGUGCUUUUCUUCUAUGUAGACAGGAUACAACUCUUAACCUGAUACAAUAUUCUACGGACGGAGAAAAUGAUGACGGUGCCUGUUUAUACAACCAGGAUUCAUCUAACAACCCAACAGUGAAUUUCUUUGAUGAUGAUGACGAUGAAGAUGAAGAUGAUGACUUCCUGGACGAUUACAUAGCCGAUGGCAUUGAAGCUGUAGGUUUAUUUAGACAGGAUGCAACUAUCGGAUCGUUGCAGAAUCUACUACAGACUGCAGCAAAUAAAGAUAACGAUACCGCCAUCUGCGUAUCUAAAGAGCAGGAUACGGCUGUCAGUCCAACACAGGAUACUAUCGAUGAAGAUGACAAUGGUGCUGUCGGUUUGGUCAAGCAGGAUACAACGCUCGGAUCAAUCCCGAACACAACAGAUGGUGAUGAUAAUGGUGUCGUCUACCUAUCCAAACAGGAUACCCCUCGCAUUCUAGAAGAGGAUUUCAGCAAUGAUGAUGACGAUGAUGAUGGUGGCGCUGUUUCGUUGUUUAAACAGGAUGCAACAUUAACACUGGAUUCUUUAAAACAACCUGAAUUACAAAAACCGGCCACUAAAGAAUGGUGUAAAUUUUCGAAUGUUUUCAUCAAGAAAAUCGGUCCGAUCAUUCAAUCCGGAAAAGUACGCCAUUCCCGAGCAUCUGGCUGGGUAUAUGACAAGGACUAUCUCCAUAAUUCUUCAACACCAAUGGACAAUCGACGUCGCGCCGCUGAACGUUUGAUGCAAUCAUCAUUGCUAUUCUUGGAAAAAUUGGACGAAAUGAACGCAACACAACCAAAAAAGAAGUACAAAAAAUUCUCCGAACUUAAGUUCAAAAAUGGUGUCCAAUGUGUCGAUAGAAGACUAUAUGCUGUCCACAAAAGACGACGAGAACAACAUUGAUGACUAUAGUUCGAAUUUGAAAUUAAUCGAUCUUAAUAUUGUACAGAAUUAGUUUUAUUUCGAAAAAAAAAUGUAUAUAAUUUUUG